UUAGAGGGAGAUUUUUAGGCCGAGUGGGCUGGAAAGGAAAUGUGAAUGAUGCGGAAGCUAAUUCACCCUAAUUGUCUUUCGCACCUUGCCCCCGGUGCCCCCACCGCCUCAUUUUCUGAGUUGGGGGUGGAGCCUGACGUAGAGACGGAGCAGGGGUAAUUGGGAGUGUGGCUUGUAUUAAGGAGUGGCUAUUAGAGGAGGGUCUUCAUGAUGCAGACCCCCUCGAGGGCAGGGGUAUGACGACAUUUAUGACGCAAAAGUCAAUCUAGGAAAACAAGGGAUGGAAAGGUGGAAGAGACGACGCUGGGACUGCCCAUGAUUGGACAAGCAACACCAUGAGGGGCGUAUGAAACCCACCUCCAAAGUGGGUGGGGUGCGCCGUGGCCCCGCCCGAGCCCCUUGCGUCCGGCUCCCGCCAGUGUCGCUGCGGUUCGGCCGGGGGAUCCUGCGCGCACCGAGCGGAGGAGGAUGCGGCGGCUCCCGGGGUUCUGGGGGAUCCGACUGCUUUUCUGCCUCCUGCUACUGACCGGUCGCCUUAGGGGCAGCAGCGCCACCAGUGCCCACGGCUGCCUGUUUGACCGUAGGCUCUGCUCUCACCAGGAGGUCUGUAUCCAGGAUGGUUUGUUUGGACAGUGCCAGACAGGUGCAGGAAGAGUCCGGCCCCUCCUACAGGUCACUUCACCCAUCCUCCAGAGAUUGCAAGGGGUGCUUCGGCAGCUCAUGUCCCAAGGCCUAUCCUGGCAGGAUGACCUCACCCAGUAUGUGAUAUCCCAGGAGAUGGAGAGGAUCCCCCGGCUCCGACCACCAGACCCUGGCUCCAAGGACAGGUCCAGCCUGGCAGCCAGGAGACCUGCUCUCCCUGGGGAAUUGCUUCCACCUGACCCCCCAACAGGCUCUGCCCCUGCAGCCCAGCAUCGGCUUCCGAGGCCUCUGCUGGGUGGGGGUGGAGCUCUGCUGCCUUCCCUCCCAGCUGAACUGCUGCCUCCACUCCUGGAGCAUCUGCUGCUGCCCCCACAGCCCCCACUCCCUGCCCUGAGCUAUGAGCCCACACUGCUGCAACCCUACCUAUUUCACCAGUUUGCCUCCCAGGAUAGUUCCCAGGCCUUGGAGAACUCCCCAGGGUUGGUCACGGUCGUCCCCCAGCCAAAGGCGGAGCCCCCAGCCCUCUUCAGCAGAGCUUCUUCUAAGAAUGUGUUUGGUGCCCAUCCCAGCCUCUCCUACAGGAACCCUCCAGGGCCUGUACCUGCCCAGCUCUUCCAGGACCCUGGACUCCUCUACCUGGCUCAGGAGACCCCUGCCUCAACUAGGGUCAAGGGUCAAAGACUACAAGAACAGGGAGGCAACAGCCAGGGAGAAGAUCCACAGACCUAUGGGAAGGAAGGGAUAGGGGGAACUGGGGAGCGGGAACCAGAGUCUCCUGCUUUCUCAUCCCAAACCCCAGGCCCCCAGCCAGAUGUGCUUCUGCAGAGACUGGCAGCAGUGCUGGCUAACUAUGGGGUGGAAUUAAAGCAGCUCAGCCGGGAGCAACUCACCAGCCUCUAUACUCUGAUGCAGCUGAUGCCCAAGGGUAUGGGAAAGAGCCAGGGUGAAGCUGGAAAUGUUGAUGCUGAGAUGAAGAAAGCAGUGGAAGGAGACAUGCAGCUCACUGUCGAAAGAGUAGAAGCUCCUUCUGCCAUGGUUUCCUUACCUGAACUCCCUAUUGGUAGCACCACCCCAAUUCAUGUGCAGAGAACUGAAGUGGAAGGCCCUAGCAAGUCCCCACUUUCCCAUGCUACUCCUGUCCUGAUGGAGAAGAAGAGUCCAUUGGACCAGAAAGGGCUCUCUGGGGGAGAGCAGCCCCCAGCUCAUUCUGCAGAGGAGUAUGGCUACAUAGUUACAGACCAGAAGCCCUUGGGACUGACUGCUGGUGUCAGGCUAUUGGAAAUCUUGGCAGAACACAUCCACAUGUCUUCUGGGAAUUUCAUCAAUAUCAGUGUGGUGGGAUCAGCCCUCACCUUCCGAAUCCGGAACAAUGAGCAGAACAUGUCUUUGGCCGAUGUGACGCAGCAAGCUGGACUGGUGAAGUCAGAGCUGGAAGCAGAGACAGGGUUCCGAAUCGUGCAGACAGGAGUGGGCCAGCGUGAAGAAGCAGCUGCAGUGCUGCCCCGGCCAGCCCGAGGGGCUCCCCCACUUCGUUCUGUGCUGCUGACCCUGGUGGCCCUGGCAGGUGUGGCAGGGUUGCUGGUGGCUGCAGCCUUGGCCAUCUGUUUGCGGCAGCAUGGGCGACUUCGGGAGAAGGAACGUCUGGCAGCCCUGGGGCCUGAGGGAGCCCAUGCCGAUACCACCUUGGAGUAUCAGGAACUGUGCCGCCAGCACAUGGCCAGCAAGUCUCUGUUUAGCCGGUCUGAGGGGCCACCAGAGCCUUCAAGGGUGAGCAGCAUCUCCUCUCAGUUCAGUGAUGCUGCUCAGGCCAGUCCCAGCUCCCACAGCAGCACUCCAUCCUGGUGUGAAGAGCCUGCUCAAGCCAACAUGGACAUCUCCACAGGACACAUGAUCCUGGCAUAUAUGGAGGAUCACCUGAGAAACCGUGACCGGCUGGCCAAGGAAUGGCAGGCUUUGUGUGCCUACCAGGCAGAGCCCAAUGCUUGUAGCAUAGCCCAGGGUGACACCAACCUCAAGAAGAAUAGGAACCCUGACUUUGUGCCCUAUGACCAUGCCCGAAUCAAGCUGAAGGUGGAAAGCAGCCCUUCUCGGAGUGAUUAUAUCAACGCUAGCCCCAUUAUUGAACAUGACCCACGGAUGCCAGCCUACAUUGCCACCCAGGGCCCACUGUCCCACACUAUUUCAGACUUCUGGCAGAUGGUGUGGGAAAAUGGCUGCACAGUCAUCGUGAUGCUGGCACCCUUGGUGGAGGAUGGAGUCAAGCAGUGUGACCGCUACUGGCCGGAUGAAGGCUCAUCCCUCUAUCAUGUCUAUGAGGUGAACCUGGUUUCAGAGCAUAUCUGGUGUGAGGACUUCCUGGUGCGCAGCUUCUACCUGAAAAACGUGCAAUCCCAAGAGACUCGCACCCUGACCCAGUUCCACUUCCUCAGCUGGCCAGCUGAGGGGACCCCAACCUCGACACGGCCCCUGCUGGACUUCCGUCGGAAAGUGAACAAGUGCUACAGAGGACGGUCCUGCCCCAUCAUUGUGCAUUGCAGUGAUGGAGCGGGAAGGACCGGUACUUACAUUCUCAUUGACAUGGUGCUGAACCGGAUGGCAAAAGGAGUGAAGGAGAUUGACAUUGCUGCUACCUUGGAGCAUGUUCGAGACCAGCGGCCAGGGCUUGUCCGUACCAAGGACCAGUUUGAAUUUGCGCUGACAGCAGUAGCAGAGGAAGUGAAUGCCAUCCUGAAGGCUUUGCCUCAGUGAACAACCCAGCUGUUUCUGCUUCCUUCCAUUCUUGUGGGCAUGGUUCAAUCCCUGUGGUCCCCUCAUGCUCUCUGCAAGCAUCUCUACCCUAUGCCAGCAUCUCCUACUCUGUAUCUCUAGCCCCAUUCUACCCUGGGCUUCUCAGAGCUGAACCUGAACUCCUCUCCAAAAUGGAGUGGAGGUCAGACCUUCUCCUAUAUAUCCUACCCAGAUCUCAGGGGUUCCCACAUGCAGGAACCCCAGGUCCCGCUAAAGGACAGUUGUCUGCAAAGUAGGAGAGGUGGGAGGAGGCCUACAGGCCUCUUCCUCUCUUCUGCUUGACCUUCCAGUUCCUGUCUCCCUAAGGUCAUGAGGGCCUCUAAUUUUGGUAUGGCCAAAAGUUGGGGAAUCAGGAGAGUUUCUAGUCUUGAACUUUACUCCUCUUUUCCAGCCAUCCUCCCCCAACUCUCAGAUUUUCCCACCUUAUAAAAAUUUUUUCCCUGUCCUGGGACCAAAAUAACUGCUACCCAAACUCCCACUGUGGAAAAGGGGUCCAAGCUCUCCACUCCUAGACUGUGGCUCUCUGGCAUCCUUCCCUUUCUGGGCCAUCCUUCUUCCCCCCCCCCCCCCCCCACUCCCUGAACCUACCAAGAAUCCGCCACUAGGCUCCUUUUCCCUCCAUCACCCUUUCUAGAAAGAUCUAAUUUUGUAUCAAUGUGAAUAAAGUCUGUGUUUUGUCUGUGCAGCUGCAA